AUGGCCAACACCGAGAACGAGAUUCAAGACAAGGUGAAACAGGUCCUUCAGGGAACACCGUUCGCCGUCUCGUCGCUCACGAAACUCUCGGGUGGUACUGCCAACUUUAUGUACCAUGCGACCCUCGAGAACCCCUCCUCAGAGUACCCCGACGGUGUGGUCAUUAAACAGGGUGAAGGCUAUGUUGCUACUAACCCUGCUUUUCCUCUGACGACAUCACGGUGUGCCGUCGAGCAAGAGUCUCUCGUCCACCUUGCUGCCCUCCCUCCGGCAACAACACCGUCCUGCACCAUAUCCACACCCACCGUGUAUCACUUCAACAAAGAAACCAACACUCAGGUCCAAGAAUAUCUCACCAAAGCCGUCAGCCUCAAGGACUAUGCUCUGAAGCACUACGCCGCCCCAACUCCCGAGUCGUUCAAGCCUCAGUGCGAGCAGCUCGGCCACGGCCUCGGCGCUUGGCUCCGCGCAUUUCACUCCUGGAGUCAGGAGCCUGGGCAAGCUGCGCUUCGAGAAGUCUUUGCGGGGAACAAGGAGAUGCAGGUUCUUAAGAACAUGAUUAACUAUCAGCAGCUACUGCAAAAGGUAGAUCAGCACCCGACCAUUCUUGGUGAUUCAAGGGACGUUAUUCAGGGCAUCAGCGAUUUGGCUGCUAAGGAACUCGAGGAUGAGGCUGCUUUGAACGUCAUUCACGGUGACUUUUGGACCGGAAAUGUCUUGCUGCCCGAUGUCUCCAUUCAAGAGGGCACCCAGACUCCCAUCAGAAUUGUCGACUGGGAGCUAGCAGAACUAGGCAUCCGACCUCUUGACCUGGGUCAGAUGAUUGCCGAACUAUGGCAGCUGAAGCUAUACAAGGAUAUCGACGCUGGCGAGUGGUUGAUCAGGGCAUUUGCUGACGGCUACGGCGCGGUCGACGAUGAGUUCGCCUACCGCACAAUCAUCCACGUCGGCGUUCACCUGAUUUGCUUCGGCUCACAGACGCCGGGAUGGGGCACCCCUGAGCAGAACAUCGAGCUGGUCAAGGUGGGCAAGGAGAUUCUGGUCAAGGCAUGGAAUAAGGACCGAGAGUACUUCAACGACCAUGUACUUGGCAGUUUGUUUGGAUCUCGAAACUAG